UAUGACUUAAUUAAAUCAUUGUAUUCAUAUCAUAUUUGCCCUUAAAAUUAUAUAUGGAUUCAAGCCAGAACAUUUCCACACACAUAAAAAAAAAAUGUCUGGGACGGUGUACAAGAAAGCAGUAUACAGAGAAUAUGAGGAUGCCACCUUCAAAAAGGCCAAGCCUCAUCCACCAGAGUUAGGUUUGCUUGGGCCAACGCUGCGUGGACAGGAAGGCGAUGAGAUCGUGGUAACAUUCCGGAACAUGGUGGAGCAGCCUUGCAACAUCCACAGUCAUGGCAUCGAAUAUGGCAAACAGUCCGAGGGAGCUUACUACUUCGACAACACUACCAAAAAGGAGAAGGAGGACGAUGUGGUGUACACUGGGGGAUCCCACACAUACUUCUGGGAGGUGACGUCAGCGGUGACCCCAGCAGCCGCCGAUCCGCCCUGCCUGACGUACACCUACUUCUCCCACAUCGACCUCAUCAAGGACUACAACUCAGGCCUGAUCGGCACUCUGCUCAUCUGCAAACCGGGAAGCCUUGAUGACUCUGGGAAGCAGAAACACUUUCAUCAGGAGAACGUUCUCCUGUUUGGCAUUUUUGAUGAGAGCCUCACCUGGUGUAGCAAAGGAGUCCCCUCCUCCACCGACAGCAUCAAAUACACCAUCAAUGGCUACGCCAACGGCACUGUGCCUGGUUUGAGCGUCUGUGCCUACAGCUCUGUCAGCUGGCAUUUCCUGGGCAUGAGCUCUUCGCCGGAGCUCUUCUCUAUUCACUUUAAUGGGCAAGUGUUCUCGCAGAAUGGGCACAGGGUGUCUUCAGUGGGCAUCAUAAGUGGCACCACCACCAGUGCCAGCAUGACUGCAGUCCACAGCGGACGGUGGCUCAUCUCUUCCUUCAUUAGCAAGCAUCUGGAGGCGGGGAUGCAUGGCUAUUUGAUGGUGAAGACGUGCGAGGGCUUCACCAAACCCAGACGCAAGCUCACCCUCGAGCAGACUAGACAAAUGUGGACCUACUACAUCGCUGCUGAGGAAAUAGUCUGGGACUACACUCCGAACAUGCCGGACUACAUUGAUACGUUAUACACGGACGAGACGUUCACCAAGAGGGCUGAGGAUAAACAGAGGAAGAUGGAACAGGGCAUCAUCGGCCCCGUGAUCAGGGCGCAGAUCAGAGACCAGAUAAGAAUUGUGUUCAGCAACAAAGCCACCCGACCGUACAGUAUCUACCCUCAUGGUCUGACUAUAGACAAAGCUGGAGAGGGAGCGAACUAUCCUACAGGAGGGAACCAGACCCACGCAGUGCAGCCUGGAGAGAUGCACACGUACAUAUGGAAUGUGAUCGAUGAGGACGAGCCGUUGCCCAAUGACCCGCGCUGCCUGACCAGGAUGUACCACAGUGCAGUUAACACCCCACGCGACAUCGCCUCUGGCCUCGUAGGCCCACUGCUCAUCUGCAAGAGGAACUUCCAGUUGAAGGCCGACAAGGAGCAACAAGCCAUGUUUGCUGUUUUCGACGAGAACAAGAGUUGGUAUCUGGAUGAAAAUAUUAAGGAAUACUGCAGUGACCCAGCCAGUGUCAAAAAAGAUGCCCCAGACUUCUACGCGUCAAAUGUUAUGCACUCGAUCAAUGGCUAUAUGUUCGAGAGUGGCCAAACCCUGGGCUUCUGCAAUGAUGAUAUCGUCACCUGGCACGUCUCCAGCGUUGGAGAACAGACGGGCAUCCAGACGGUCACCUUCUAUGGCCAUACGUUUGAACUGAACAACAGGGAGGAGGACUUCCUCAAACUGUUUCCCAUGACAGGGGAGACCAUCAGUAUGAAAAUGGACAAUAUAGACAUCACCAAGGGCAUGAGAGUGAAAUUUAGAGACGUAGUGUGCUUCCGGGAUUACGUUUACGAAUAUGAGGAUGGAGAGGGAGAGUACAAUAUUUGGAAGCCAGAGGAAUAUGUGCCCAUAGAAACAAAGAGUGUUGUAGAGGAAUUGCCCCUAGUAUUAGACAAGCAAUCUUGGAAUGAGAAUGUAAACGUGAACACUACAGAAACUGGGAAUGAAAGUCUAAAUGUGAACACAACAGCAUCUUGGAAUGAGAAUGUAAACGUGAACACUACAGCACCUGGGAAUGAAAGUCUGAAUGUGAACACAACAGAGAGAACGUCUCUGGUGUCUUCUGUCAAUAAAACCACUGGUAAUUCCAUCAACAGUACUCACAUGUCUUUGCUGGCUAACACGUCAGAAACAUCUGUCCCGUUGGCAGCUCCUUCAUCAAACUGGCCAGUGAAUGAAACAGGGAGUGGCUCCAUGUUAAGCAAUAACACAUCUGACUGGUCAGACAUACAAACCAACAUCACUGAACACAAUGUCUCAUUAGCAUUGGUGGACCCAAAUAUGGUGCUGUCAAACAUGUCAGAAGUUCCAGAUGACAGAGGCAAUGACACACAAUCUUCUCAAAAUGUUACUGCUGAGUGGGCAGCAGACAGCAACAAAAGGGAGGGUGCUGAAACCCCUCUGGCGCCACUCACUGAGAGAUGGAAUGAGACUGGGGUGCGACCAUUCAAGGGGCACGCCAUGAGAACCAGGAAGAAGAAACAGUACAAGCCCCAGGCCAGGUCCAGUUUGAGCCCAAGAGGGUUUCAGCCGAGGGGAGUCAGGCCCAUCUCAAAUGAGAAGGACACCUUGAACAAGGCCAUAGUCAUCGGGCUGCCCCAGACAGACUUCAACGAUAAUGACUUACAUGCAAUUCCAGAUGACCACCACGACAGAAAGGAUAGCACGAGCACGGAGGAAUAUGAGUACAUUGAGUAUAAGGACCCGUACACCCAAGGAGUGGAGACCCAGGGUAUGACACUAGAUGAGACAACACAGUAUUUCCUGAAGAAUCUGCCAACGGGCACCAACGUGAGACAGUAUUUCCUGAGUUCGGAGGAAGUUGAGUGGGACUAUGGCGGCUAUGGACAAAGGCGGUUUGACACACAUCCUGAUGGAUUGCAUACUAAAUUCACCAAGGUGGUUUUUCGAGGGUAUCUGGACCCCAACUUUAAAAUACCAGACAUCCGAGGAGAGGUUGAGGAACAUCUGGGAAUACUUGGUCCUGUAAUCAGAGCCGAGGUUGGAGACACAAUCAUGGUUGUCUUCAGGAACCUGGCAAGCAGACCCUACUCACUUCAUGCAAACGGGAUCAGAUACAUCAAGCAAAUGGAAGGACUGAACUAUGUGGACGGCACACUGUACUGGUACCAAGAUGAUAAUGCAGUGCGCACCAACAAGACGUACACCUACAUGUGGACAGUGAGCUCCAAAGUGGGACCGAAGGAUGGCGAACCCAACUGCCGCACCUGGGCCUACUACUCUGGAGUGAAUCCUGAGAGAGAUAUCAAUUCGGGAUUCAUCGGCCCACUCUUGAUCUGCCGGAAGGGCAGCAAAAAGGCGUCCAGAGAUGAAGCCAGCAGAGAGUUUGUCCUUCUUUUCAUGACGUUUGAUGAAAACAAGAGCUAGUAUUAUGAGAAAAACUAUGAGAUGAUUCGAAGGAGAAGCAGGAAAACUGCCAUGGAUCCUUUGUUCAAAGAGAAGAUUAAAUUUCCAGCCAUCAACGGCAUAAUCUUUGGCCUGAAAGGCCUGAGAAUGUACGCCAAUCAACUGGUCAACUGGCAUGUCUUUAAUAUGGGGGCAGAAAAUGAUGUGCACAGUGUCCAUUUCCACGGCCAGACUUUUCUGAACCACCAGAGCAAACUCCAUCGACAAGGCGUCUAUCCCCUUCUUCCCGGAGGAUUUGCUACCCUGCAGAUGUGGCCAGCUAAGCCAGGCCUUUGGCUUGUUGAGUCUGAAGUUGGCCUGUCCCAAAAAAAAGGAAUGCAAACUCUGUUCCUUGUGAUAGACAAUGGUACAGUACCAAACCACUGGAUCUCAGAUUUCAACACAAAUGUAACACAAUUUCACUUUUUUCCCAGCAGUGCGGGGCUGCAACAGCUACUUAAGAUUGAGUUGAAAGAUGUGAAGAAGAUCACAGGGAUCAUCACCCAGGGGGCAAAGUCACUGGGCUCAAAGAUGUUUGUCUCUGCCUUCAUUCUGGAGCACAGCAAAGAUGGAAUCAGGUGGACUAAGUACUCAAGUGACUUGGAUUAUGAAGCAUCGGAAUUUGAGGGAAACACCGAUAACAAUGAUCACAAGAAAAACUACAUAUACCCUCCCAUUUUUGCCAAAUUUAUUCGGAUUGUUCCCAGGAGGUGGCAGAAUUCCAUUUUUACUAUGAGAGUUGAGCUUCUUGGGUGUGAUUUUGAGUGAGAUUAAAAUGGAAAGAAUGACAGCUGGAAACUAAACAAUAAGCAUGGAUGACUGGUCCUGACUGUAAUUGUAUUAUUUGUAUUAUUUUGUGCCAGGGUGAUUCUGCAUUAUCAUGUAUGCAGAAUCACAAUGUGUAAG